UUCAAAGCUGUAUAUAAUUCAUGAAGCUUUUUAAAGCCUCUUCUUGGUCGAGCCAAAGGAGCGUAGUCCUUCCUGUAAAGAAGAAGAAGAAGAAGAAGAAAUGGCCGCUUUUCCUUCUUUGGUACUAGUGCCUGCAAAUGUUCCCUCUCUUUUGCUGCUCCUGCUCCUGCUCACAAAUUCUCUGAUAAAUUCCAAUGCCGCUGCCACUCUGACUUGCCCCGUGGGGAUUUUCAGCUUUGGAGACUCUCUCGCCGACACUGGGAAUUACGCAGCUGCGUUUCCAGAUCCACCAGCGCCUUCUACAUCCUCGAGUUCCUCCUCCGCAAUCCAAGUUCUAUCACCGCAGAGUUCCAGAGUCCACAAUUUCUUCAAUUAUCUCGACAUUCGUGCAGCCUACGAUGGUGCCAAGCUCGACAUGGAAUUCGAAUCCAGCAAGGCUGCGACCAAGCUGCCAUUCCGGGCCAGCAAUGGUCGCCUCGUCAUCGAUUUCAUAGCUCAAGCGUUCCGUGCUCCUUUCCUAGCUCCAUAUUUUCAAAACGUUUUGCCGGACUAUACAAACGGUGUCAACUUUGCAUUUUCUUCUUCAACAGCUCGCAACACUUCCAUCUCUGUUCCUUUUUACCUCUACAGGCAAGUCAAUCACUACAUUUAUUUGAAAGGAAACAUAUAUAAUGCCCGAGGAGGUGCCAGCUUACCACCAUUUAGCAUCUUCUCCACAGCCCUCCACUGGAUCUCAAUCGGUAUCAACGAUUUCUAUCAGAACUAUAUGGUCAAUAAUUUGAGUGUUUCUGACGUCAAGAACAAGGUGGUUCCUGAUGCAGUGCAUGCAGUCUCGGAAGCUGUCCAGAGACUAUAUGGAUUUGGAGCGAGGACUUUCAUGGUGAUGAACAUCCCAGCAGUUGGCUGCCUUCCAGCUUUCCUCAGCAAAUUCGGCACCGCAAACCCGGGUGACUACGAUUCCCUGGGAUGCCUUAAGAAUCACAACGAUGCCGCAAAAGCUUACGCUACACAGCUCCGUGUGGCUCUAUCAAAUCUCAGGCUAACUCUCCCGCAGGCUUUCAUCAUGUAUGGAGAUUAUUAUCAAGUUCACUUAGAUGCAGUCACAAAUCCAACACAAUACGGACUGCAUCCCAAUGGUACCUUAACUGCGUGUUGUGGAGGCGGAGGAAAGUAUAACGUUCCAGUAUCUCCAUGUAUCAGUUCCACUCCAGUGUGUGAAGAUCCCCAAGCUUAUAUAAGUUGGGAUGGCCUCCAUUUUUGCGAGAGCUUUAAUAGAGCGGUCGCGCUAACGUUCCUCCAUGGCGAUUAUGUGGAGCCGUGGCCCAAUUCCAACCUCACUGCGGCGUGCAGCUUAGACUUUAGCAAAUUCUAUUCUUAAUAUGUAAUAAUUCGUAUAUUUAACAUUGCGAUUUAAUUAUCUAAA